AUGAUACUAUCGCGGCUAACACACGGAACGAGAGUCAUCGCUCCGUUCGUUCGCCGAUUCUCCGCCACGAUGUCGCUGAAUCAAGGAACGGUAAAAAUCGAGAACAAGGGUGAUGUAGCUGUGAUCAAGAUGAAUCUAGAAAACGCUAAAGAAAACGUUCUCAACGAAGCUCUGGCUGCUGAUUUGCAAGCAGCUUUCGAAAAAGUAGGACGCGAUGGUUCUGUAAGCUCAGUAGUUCUGAUGUCUGCUAAGCCAAAUAGUUUUGUGGCUGGAGCUGAUGUAGGAAUGCUUAGCAAAGCGAAGACUGCACAAGAAGGAGCUUCUAUCUCGAAGAAAGCUCAGGAUCAGUUCGAAAAGCUGGAGCGAUCCGGAAAACCCAUUGUAGCCGCGAUCAUGGGAAGCUGUAUGGGUGGAGGAUUGGAAUUAGCAAUGGCUUGUCAAUACCGUAUCGCAGUAAAUGAUAAGAAGACGCAGCUAGCAUUGCCUGAGGUUAUGCUUGGACUUCUUCCUGGAGCUGGUGGUACUCAGCGACUUCCUAAACUUGUGUCAAUCCAAAAUGCUCUUGAUCUGAUGCUUACCGGAAAGAAAGUCAAGGCUGACAAGGCAAAGAAGAUGGGUCUCGUUGAUUCUGUAAUUCAGCCACUUGGAGCUGGACUCGCACCUUCGGCUGAGAAUACACAUAGGUACUUGGAAGAAGUAGCAGUAAAUACAGCGAGACAGUUAGCAAAAGGCUCGCUGAAAAUAAAUAGGGAGAAAUCAAUGAUGCAGAAAAUUAUGCAAAAGGCUAUAACGACAUCGUUCGUUCUUGACAGAGUAGUGCUGAAGAUGGCCAGAGAUAAGGUAAUGAAAAUGACUGGCGGAAAUUACCCAGCUCCGCUCAAAAUUCUCAACACUGUGCGUGCAGGACUUGUCGAAGGACCAGCUCAGGGAUAUAUUGCCGAGUCACAGAACUUCGGUGAACUUAUUCAAACUCAUCAAUCUAAAGCAUUAGUGGGGCUGUUUAUGGGAUCGACAGAAUGUAAGAAGAAUAAAUAUGGUCAAGGCCUACCAGUAAAAGAAGUAGCCGUAGUUGGAGCUGGGCUUAUGGGAGCUGGCAUAGCUAACAUCACUAUCGACAAAGGGCUAAAAUGCGUUUUGCUUGAUAUGAAUGAGCAGGGGCUUGAGCGUGGAAGAAAUCAGAUUGCAAAUCAUUUGAAUGGACAAAUGAAAAGAAGGAAGAUCAAUAAGUUGGAGAAAGAAAGGAUAGUAACGAAUCUUGUCCCUUCCUGUGACUAUAGUUCCAUGAAAGACGCUGAUAUAGUGAUAGAAGCUGUGUUCGAAGAUUUAGAUCUGAAACAUAAAGUUAUCAAGCAAAUCGAAGGUGUUGUAGGAAAGGACACUAUCAUUGCAUCCAAUACAUCAGCCUUGCCAAUCAAAGAGAUUGCCAAGGCAUCUGCACGUCCGGAUAAGGUCAUCGGAAUGCAUUACUUCUCUCCUGUGGAAAAAAUGCAGCUUUUGGAAAUUAUUGUUCACGACGGCACUUCGAAAGAAACUCUUGCCACAGCAGCGCAAGUUGGUCUGAAACAGGGCAAAACUGUUGUGGUUGUAAAGGACUGCCCCGGAUUCUUUGUGGUGCGUUGCCUAGGACCAAUGAUGUCUGAAGUGGUACGACUUCUGCAAGAGGGAGUAUCACCCCUGGAACUGGACAGACUUACCAAACAGUUUGGUUUCCCUGUAGGAGCCGCGACGUUGUCAGAUGAGGUUGGCUUGGACGUAUCCGAGCAUGUGGCCAAGUUUUUGGGCCAAGCACUUGGUCCACGAGUUCGUGGUGGAGCACCAGAAUUAUUGGCAGACAUGGUAUCGGCAGGAUUCAAGGGAAGGAAAACGAAUAAAGGAAUCUAUUUAUACGACGGCAAGAAGAAGAAGGUGAACGAAGAUGCAAUGAAAAUUCUUCAGAACUACAAAUUGACACCACCGGGUAGUUGUUCGUCGACACAAGAUCGUCAACUGCGUCUUGCUACUCGAUUCGUCAAUGAAGCGCUGCUAUGUCUCGAAGAAGGAGUGAUCUCAAGCCCUACUGAUGGUGACAUCGCAUCCGUGUUUGGAAUUGGUUUCCCGCCAUUCUGGGGUGGCCCAUUCCGAUUUGUAGAUCUUUAUGGAGCUAAGAAGCUGGUUGAUUCUAUGGAAAAGUUUGCAUCAGCAUACAAUCCAGAGCAGUUCACACCAUGCCAACUUCUCAAGGACCAUGCACAAAGCGGAAAGAAAUUUUACCCCACUAACUGAACCGAAUUUACCGCUUGACUACAUAUUUAUUCUUAUAGUUUGUAUCUGCUACUACAGGUUAAAACAGAUUCUGGGUCUCAAAUGUACCUUAUCGAGCAUUUCGACACUUUUAUAGAUUGUAUCGUGCCUAAUACAAUUUUACGGUUAACAGCUCAAUCAUACUGCCUUUCUGACUCUCUCUGCUCAGCCUACCUCAAUGCCUGCUCAUUGUUUUAGCCUUGAAUUGUGAUUUUUGCAGCCAAUAAUAAUUUUUACCAAUGUUUCGUGCGAUAGGUUAAAGCAACUAGCGAUGAACGUGUAUAAUUUAUAGGUUACAUGCUACUAGGA